AUGUUCAGCAUCUUGUGUGGUGCAAGAACUGUCUCUAAACGUUACCUUGGAUCAUUAUACCGACCUUUCAAUCCUUACUUGAGCAAAAUGUCUGAAAAACGGAGCAUAUGGAAGCCAUUGGUGUGGGUAGACUGUGAAAUGACAGGAUUAGAUCAUAACAGUGAUAGGAUUAUUGAAAUAUGUUGUAUUAUAACUGAUGGUCACUUAAGCGUUGUUGACAAUAAUUGUUACGAAAGUGUAAUCCACUGCGACAAAUCCAUUUUGGACCAAAUGGGCCCUUGGUGCGUGGAACACCAUGGGUCUAGUGGGCUUACUCAAAAAGUUUUGGACAGUGACAAGACUAGAGAACAAGUAGAGGAGGAAUUACUGCAGUUUAUUAGAAAAUACGUUCCUGAACCUCGUACUGGUGUACUUUCAGGGAAUUCUAUACAUAUGGACAGAUUGUUCAUGCUUAAAGAUUUUCCUCGAGUACUUGAGCAUCUGCACUAUAGGAUUGUUGAUGUUAGUACUAUAAUGGAAGUUUCAUAUAGACACAACCCCGGUCUUGCAUCUCAGCAACCUAAAAAAUUAGGAGCCCACACCGCUAAGCAAGAUAUCUUGGAAAGCAUUCAGCAGCUACGAUGGUACAUGGAUAACUACUUCAAACCUCCAGAAGGGUCAGACACUUUGGACAAGAGAACAAUUAGUGAUGCAAAUGGCGGAGAUGGCAAGCAGUCAGAGGGCGAACCUGAUUCCAAAAGAACUCGCCAGGAAUAA